AUGUUAAAUGACAAAGAGGUCAAAGACUCAACGGUUUGUUACAUCGAAGACAUAAAGAAAAGCGAUUCGCACGCCUUGAAGAAUGAAAUCAAAGCAGUCGAGAUUAUUGACGACAAGAACUCGCGAAGGGAGGAGGAUCUUGAACUUUACAAUGUGGAAGAGGAAAAGGAAAUAUGUAUCUUCGAAACUCGGGAAUGUAUCCCCGACUCGCUGAAAGGCCUGUCUCGAGAGGAACUGGAGCUUCUCUCGAGACAAACAACAAGAAAGAUGGAUCUGAGAAUCCUCAUCAUGCUUUGCUGGAUCUACAUCUGCAACUACCUGGACAGAACCAACAUCGCAUCCGCAAGACUUGGCGGUCUUGAGGAGGAUUUGAAUCUUACUUCGACCCAAUAUCAGACAGCGAUUUCCAUUCUGUUCAUUGGUUAUAUUACGAUGCAAAUUCCUGCAAAUAUCAUCCUCAACCGUUUGGGGAAACCAUCUGUCUUCAUAACAGUCAUUAUGACCGUAUGGGGUAUUAUUUCCACUUGCACAGGUGCUGUCCAAAGCUACGGCGGUUUGUUAGCGGUCAGAAUCCUUCUGGGGUUCGUUGAAUCCGGCUUCUUCGGUUGCUGUUUGUACUACUUGUCUUGUUGGUACACCAAGAAGGAAUUGGGGCUGAGAAAUUCGAUCCUGUACUCUGGUUCUUUGAUUAGUGGGGCAUUCAGUGGACUCAUCUCUGCUGGAAUUAUCGAGCACAUGGACUAUGUGAAGGGAUUAAGAGCAUGGCGCUGGUGUUUUAUUAUUGAAGGCGCGAUCACAGUGGCAACAGUUCCGUUCGCAUACGUGAUAUUGCCCGAUAAUCCUUCGAAUACUAAGUUUCUAUCUCAGCAAGAGAAAGAUAUUGUCAUGUGGAAAUUGAGAAUGGAUGUUGGCGACUCAGAUGACGAUAAGACUGUUCUCGGAGACGCUGAAGGGGGGCACAAUUCCUUUAAAUUUGCGUUGAAGCUGGCCUUUGUGGAUCUCAAAGUUUGGCUAAUCACUGGUUGCUUCUCAUUUCUCGUUGCUGCCUGUGGUGUGACAAACUUCUUCCCAUCUGUUGUGAAAACGCUGCAAUUCGACAGGAUGGUCACCCUCUGUUUGACCGCCCCACCUUAUUGCAUUGCUGUGGUAACUACCUUCAUUUGGUCUUGGCAUUCAGAUCGCACUGGUGAAAGAUUUUGGCACAUUGUGCUGCCUCUUGUCCUUGCGUUGGUAUCCUUCGUCAUUGCCGCAUCAACCCUAAACACUGUGGCGCGUUACAUUGCCAUGUGUUUGAUGCCUACGGCCCUUUAUUGCCCAUUCAUUCUGAUUAUCUCUUGCAUGUCGAUUUGCGUUCCGAGACCACCUCUGAAGAGAGCUAUUUCCUUGUCAAUAAUGAACUGUUUGGCAAAUUCUACUUCUAUUUGGAACGCAUAUUUGUACCCUGAGAGCAAUGCACCCCGCUAUGAAAUCGCCAUGGCUUGUAAUUGUGGUUUCAUUGGGUUGUCCGCACUUUUUGCCUUCCUGCUAAGAAUUCAUCUGGCAAGAUUGAACAACAGGAUCGCAAAUGGCACAAUGAACUGGUACACUGAAUUUGGCAAUGACGGUUCUCAUGUCAAGAAAAACUUCAGGUACACCAUUUGA